AUACGCGUGGGCCUUGUUCUUAGUCGCCAAGAUAUCUUUUACAGAGUCCCGUGUCCAUUGUUUACUCAAAUUAAUGAAGAAAAUUCCAAAGCCUCAACCAACUAACUUCUUUUACAUAAACUCUUCAUUCUGUUGCUUUCGGAGUUUCAUCUCAAGAAGAUCUGGAAAACAUGGUGUUUUUAGCUCUUCUUUUAAGCACUAUGCCGUAAGCUUCUUCUUAAAGCUCACGUUUUUUCAUUCAAAAACUCAGAAUCAAGAUGUUGUUUGUACUACUUUGAACACCUUCUGAGUUCAGAUGGUUUGUGCUAUACCUCCUCAAAAUUAAUGGCACCCACUAUUUUGUUCAUUGUUUUAUCACUUCUGUUCACUCUUACAAGCACCCAUAUUCAAUCCAAUGAGGAAGGCUUCAUUUCUGUGCAAAUAUCCAACAAGGGUCUUGAUUUUGCCAAGGAUGUGCUGAUAGACAAGGCCGUUUCCUCUAUUGUUCCACUUCAACUGCCUGACAUUGAAAAAUCUGUGAAAAUACCAGUUGUUGGCAAAGUUCAUAUUCUUCUUUCAAAUAUUACAAUUUACCAUGUUGAUGUUGCUUCCUCGUAUAUUCAUACCGGAGAGACAGGUAUUGUCUUAGUUGCUUCAGGUGCCACUGCAAAUUUGAGCAUGGCUUGGCAGUAUUCUUACCGCACUUGGUUGGUUCCAAUUGCAAUUACGGAUGACGGGGGCGCAUCUGUUCAGGUUGAAGGUAUGGAAGUGGGGCUAACUGCAGCUCUCAAGAACCAAGAUGGAAAUCUUAAGCUCUCGGUGCUGGAAUGUGGAUGCCAUGUGAAAGAUAUCUCAAUAAAGUUGGAUGGUGGAGCAUCUUGGCUUUAUCAAGUGGUAGUUAAUGCUUUUGAAGGAAAAAUAUCAUCUGCAGUUGAAGAUGCCAUUUCCAAGAAAAUCAGAGAAGGGAUAAUAAAGCUCGACUCCUUAUUGCAAUCUCUUCCAAAAGAAUUCCCAGUAUAUGGCACUGCUGUUUUAAAUGUUACUUUUGUGGACAAUCCUGUGUUGAGUAAUUCUUCCAUUGAAUUUGACAUUAAUGGCCUAGUCACAGCAAAGGAUGCUGUUCUAGUUUCAAACUAUAACCAUAAAGGAUGGGAGGAUACUUUUUUCUGCAGUGGUCCAGCUAAGAUGAUCCAGAUCUCAUUACAACAAGAUGUUUUUAAUUCUGUAUCAUUAGUUUACUUUGAUGCAGAUUAUAUGCACUGGAUUGUUGACAAAAUACCAGAUCAGUCCCUUUUGAACACAGCUGGAUGGAGAUACAUUGUUCCUCAACUGUACAAGCAGUACCCAGAUGAUGACAUGAAUCUUAAUAUAUCUGUAUCUUCUCCACCAAUCAUUAAAGUUGCAAAGGAUGUCAUUGGCGCCAUUAUUAACUUAGAUGUGACAAUUGAUGUUGUGGACGCUGGUGAAGUUAUACCUGUUGCUUGCAUCUCUUUGGAUAUAAGUACUUCAGGUUCUGCAGUAAUCUUGAGGAAUAAUCUAGCUGGUAGAGUGAGAUUGAAGGACUUCACUGCAUAUUUGAAAUGGAGUGAGAUUGGUGACCUGCACAUACAUCUUCUUCAGCCAGUACUGUCAACUGUCCUCAAAACCGUAUUCUUGCCAUACGUGAACUUACACCUGAUGAAAGGAUUUCCUCUGCCUCUCCCUCAUGGUUUUACACUUCAGAAAGCUGAAAUUGUCUGCACAGAUUCAAGGGUUAUAGUUUUCAGCGAUCUGGCCUUCACAGAACAAUACCAUCUUACCCAGCACCAACUUCACUGCAACUAAGUACUUGAAUAUCAUGUAAACAAAGUAUACACUUCUAUGCUGUGCAUAUAAAUUUAGAAUUUUUUUUUUUUAAAUGAAUAUAAAUUUAGAAGUGUACAUGUAAUGUUUGCUCAAAAACUAAAUAAGAUUUCUGUUGGGUGGUUA